CGCGAUGCGUGCUACUGUGUCGAGGGCGUGGAGAAUCAUCGCCGCGCCAUCCAGAUGGAGUAAUGGCCAGCAUUCUUUCGCUCCUCCGCGGCUAAAUCCCUCUGCGAGUCUUGGCUGCCGGAGAGCGUAUGCCGAAGAGGCGGGGGCCAAGGUUGAAGAUGAGAGUGGCAACGAUCCGGAAGAAGGGAAGAAGGAGAAGGGCAGCCUCGUUAGCCUGUGCUUAAAGACUCCCGAUCUCUCUGUGAGGAGGAUCGAGGCAUGGGCCGCCCAAGGCAACACUGUCACGCAGGGAAAUAUCUCCGAGGUCAUCGAAGCUCUUUGUGUCCAGAAGAGAUUUCUCGCAGCAUUGCGGGUGAUGGAAUUCGCUCGCCAGAGGACUGAUUUUGUCUUCUCGCUCGAGGAUGCCAAGCAGGAGGUGACCAUUGCAACUCGCAAGCUUGGGUCCUUCGCAGGGCAGAAAAAAAUCAAUUCCCUCCCUGAGAAGUUCCGGUCCAACGAGGAAGUAGUAGCUGCAUACCUCCGGGCUCUGACAAGGAUCAACGCGGCGUCCAAGGCACUUUCUCUCAUCAAAGAUCUCAAGCCCACCACUCCAGCGCUCUACAGCUCCAUGAUCUCCGUGUACGCCUUCUUGGCCAUGCACGAGAAGAUGCUGGCUCUUUACACCGACAUGAAGGAGCUGGGAGUCAAGCCGACUCUGGAGAUCGUCAUGCUGAUGCUUCUCAAGUACCACAAGAGGGUUGGGGGUCUUCCAGGAAUCGAGGAAGAAGCUCGAGCUGCUCUGGAAGAGAUUGAUCCGCGUGCCGCAGAGCCAUUGAUCCGGAACUACAUGCUGGAGAUGUAUGGAUACUUGGGCGAUCGAGACAAAGUCGAGAACAUCUGGAGCAUCAUACGGGCCCAGCCGGGAGGGACCUUUCGCAACUGUUACUUCAGUGCAAUGCUCGCGUUUGGCUACCUCCGGGACGUGGACAGAGCCGAGGAGCUACUCCGGGAGUCCGUGGAGGUGGUCAAGGUGAUCCCGGGAAGAAACCAGUACUUUAAGAUGCUCGACGUGUACGCCAAGAUGGGGAUGAUGGACAAGGCGGAGAAGCUCUUGGAGGAGAGAGCCGAGGAUCAGUACCGGAACUUCUAUCCUUGCAACGCUCUGGUGGAGGGAUACUUGUCCUUAAACGACCCGGACAAGGCUUUGAAGAAGAUGGAGGAGCUCGGAUCGAGCCGCCCGAGCUACGAGGCAGUUGUGGGCCUCCUUCCGGUGCUCGAGAGCAAAAAAGACACACUCGCCACCAAGAAGUUGAUCCGUGCCUAUCUGUUCCAGUACCGUGGAGACGUCUACCUCUAUAACAAGAUGCUCAAAGUUUACGUCGCGGCGGGAAAGCGGCCGGGGCCGAGAAUGUUGGCCAGGUUUGAGAUCGAUCCAAACGACGAGACCCGCGAGCUCAUGAAGGUCAUUGAGGGGUUCCCAGAGCCUACGGAAUCGGAGGAUGUCAUCAUGGAAGAAAGCGAGAAGAAGGUCGAGAAGAAGGUGGAAGACAAGCCAUCAGCAGAGAGUAAGAAGAACAAGAGCAAGAACAAGAAAAAGAAGAACGAGGAAUCAUCCAAGCAAGAGAAGAGGCCUGAAGGAAAGUGGGAGUUUCUACAAUCUUUGGUUUAAAGUCUAGCUUGUUUAUACUAGUGUUUCUUGUAAGCUUCAAAGUUAGAAUGAGAGAUUUCUAGCUUCUAGUUCCA